UACAAGUUUGCAGAACAGCUGUUUUUAGUUAUACAGACAUUUAUUACGCCUCUGUAUAGCACUGUCAAAUAUUGUGUGCCCGAUUGAUUUGUCACGUAUUUUACUUUGUCAAACGUCGUGGAGAAGUUAUGUAGCAUCUACGCUGCAGCUUAGCGGCCUUCGCCUUGUGAGGAGUGUCAAGAGAGGGAAAAAGGCCUAAGUGAACUGUCCACCAGGGUAAAACAAAAAUGUUCGACGUGAAGAGGUGGUCGUUGUGGAGGGAUGGCCGUCAGCAUUGGUUCGACCUUAGUUUCCUAAUUAAGGAGGGCAGUUCUGGAGGUCGUGGGGUAAGGUAUGUGCCCAAUCACAAUGAGUUUGUGCUCCCCACGUGCAUCUGUCUCUUAGUUACGAAACGAUCUACGUAAUAUUCAGUGACGUCCUCCAAGUUUAGUUGUCAAAAGAGCGGCAGCAAGCUUAUGCCGGCAACAUGUUCUCCUUAAUGUUGAUAGCAAUUUCAGCUUUGGUCCCUGCCAAUGGCGCUGAUUUGUCUGCUGAGUUUGCUCACGAAGCAGUUUUAGAUACUUACGAGAAAAUGAAACUGUUCUGGACGGUGAACUGGGAAAAUAAAACCGUAUCCUUUGCCGUUCAGGCAGCAACAACAGGGUGGGUUGGUUUCGGAAUCUCUUCGGGUAAUGGAAAUAUGGCCGGAAGCGACAUGGUUAUCGGAUGGGUGAAGGACUCCAAGGGUUACCUAACGGACCGGUUUGCUGAUUCCCAAAGCUUUCCACCGUUGGACAAAGAAAACAAUUACAACUUAACUGGGUUUGAGGAAAGCGAAGGGAAAACUGUGUUGAGAUUUAGUAGGAAAUUUGACACCUGUGAUCCUCGCGACAGGAAGAUUGAGGAAGGCACCACUAAAGUUGUGUUUGCAUAUCAUGCAGAGGACCCCACGUCUGAGGACGAUAUGAAGAAACAUACAUUCCGAGGGUCGAAGAGCAUUCUACUUCUUAACAACAUGGACAAAAAACAAGUGAACGAAACCGGGUGGCAGCAGUUUUACGUCACAAAUAGAAAUGUAACAAUUCCUAAAAAGCACACAACGUACUGGUGUUCUCUUAUCCAACUACCCGAGUUCAAAUCAAAGCAUCAUAUUACAAAGUUUGAGCCAUAUGUAACACCUGGAAACGAAGGCAUCGUGCAUCAUUUACUCGUCUACGAGUGUUAUGGAAAUUUUAGUAAUGCUGCCUUACAUGGUUCUGGCUUUGAUUGUCAUGAAACACCCAAUAUGCCUCUAAGACAUUGUUACGGCUACAGUGUCGUUGCUGCUUGGGCUGUUGGUGGUACGGCAUUUUAUUAUCCACCGAAGGCUGGGUAUCCAAUUGGUACGUCGGACUCGCCAAGAACACUUUUGCUUGAGCUACACUAUGACAAUCCCGAUGCAAUUGAAGGACGCAAAGAUAGCUCAGGGGUUCGUUUUUACUACACUUCUCAUCUCCGUGAGUACGAUGCUGGGAUAAUGUCUGUUGGAGAACGUAUAAGUAAAUUUGCGAUAAUCCCACCAAAACAGGAAUCUUGGUUGACUGUGGGUUACUGUCCCAAGGAAUGCUAUAAGGAAGACCUGCAGGCGACUAAGCUCCCUGAAAAAGGAAUAAAAGUGUUUUCUGUCCUUCUUCACACCCACCUGCAGGGGCGUGCAACAUGGACAAAGCAUGUUCGCAACGGAAUUGAGUUACCAGAAAUUGCAAGAGAUGACCAUUAUGAUUUUAACUUUCAGGAUAUACAAGUUUUGAGAGAAGAGGCUCACAUCAAACCGGGGGACGACUUAAUUCAUUUCUGCAAAUACGAGACAAUGGAUCGCGAUAAACUCGUGCAGGCUGGUUUCUCUACCACUCAAGAAAUGUGUCUGAAUUACAUGUUUUACUAUCCUCGAAUGGUGAAUGCUACAGCAUAUUGCUCCAGCUCUCUACGUAAGCCAGUGUACGACUUCAUUAAAGAACACUUCCCUUCCAUGGCGGUGACAAAACGGUCAAAUCCUCUCAUUGGGGCAAAUAUCUCAUGGACGAAGGAAUUGGCGUCAGACUUGAGGAAGAGACUCGAUGAAGCAGACACAUUUUUUUCACAUUGCCGCGCGAGACCUAACAACUACACAUAUCCGAUUCCAAAGAUCAUGAAGCCCUUACCUCCUAGACAGUCCAACUGCCGCGAAAGAAGCACAACACCGGCCCCUCCAGUCGGAAAAACGGCCACGCCAGUCGGAACAACGGCCCCUACAGUCGGAAAAACGGUCCCUCCAGUUGGAGACGCCUUCUCGGUGACGACCUCGUACUCCACAGCAAUAUCUCUGCUCAUUAGCUAUUUCGUGUUCAUGUGAACGAUCAGAUAUGCUAUCAUGAUCACAGUUAAAGACUGUCUAUCACAAAUUGCUAGAGUUUACAGUUAAACCAAUUUUUGCUCCAUAUCUUAACCUAGAGAUGAUCUCUUAGAGGAUUAACAUUGCCAUAGUUGACAUAGAUAUACAUCACUAACAGCAUUAGUGAGCUUUUUUUUUUUAUAGAGGCGUUAACGGCUAAGG